UCUUUUUACAAUAAUUUUUGAAAAUUAAUAUUCAGAAUUGAUGAAAUACGACUGAAUUCUUUAUAAACUCUCUGUGCUAUCUGGGAAUAACUGCAUAAUAAUUAAGAAAAUACGGGAUUAAAUUGUAUUUGCAGUCCGCCUACAUUACGCGGUCGGACAUAAGGCGUUCUUGUUUUCAUAGACCGAAUAAAUUCCGCGUUACGAGGCGAUGCUUUUCCACGUCGAUGUGGGAUAUCCCCACCAGGUACUCAGCAAGCGCAAGAGUUCCCGGCCGCCAGCUGAUCAUCGCAGUCGCCUGUUUCGAAUCGCGCGGGAUCGAACGCGCGAGAGCUCGGCGAUCUUUAUCUCUUUUUCAAUUUUUUUUUUAUUUUACGCACAAUGUUCUCCGGCCGGUGCGUGCUCGCGUUCCUCUUCGGCUUGUUGGCGGUUCUUCCGCCGCGCGAAACCCACUGCGCCACGAACGUCACCAACGUCGCGGAGCAUGUCCAGGCGGAAAACGCGUUGGCGAAACUGGUGAAGAUGUUCUCCAAACCGGGCGCGUUCAAGCGGAUCGACGCGAUACUUGGCGAGAACACUAUCGAGGCGUCGUUCACGAGCUGUCCCAUGGGCGAGGAGGGCCUGGAGUGCCGAAGGGCGGAGGCUCGACGAUCGGUUGACUGUCCUCGAGGGGACUGUUUCUGUUACGAUUGCGCCGCCGCCGGACCCGACUUGUGGGCCUCCUGUUGCCGUGAAAGCCUGAGAUGCUGCUCUCAUCUCGCGGCGGCUUGCAGGACAUGCGAUCACCCGACGUUGUAUCCCUUCUGCGCCAAGCACUUCAAGAAAUGCCUGACGCAGUAUAACGAGAAGAAACUGAAUUAGGCGCCGAGAUCUCUCCCGGCUCGACGAUGUCUCAACUGUGAUAGUUGGCUUACCAUGACGAUCAUCGACGAUCCUGUGAACGGAAGCGCAUUCGACUUGUCCUCUCUUCGCGAUCAAAUUGUUUUGCAUCGUAGACGCUCUGACCGAACGCCACUAACGAGAUCGGGGAGACGCGAGACAUUUAACUUAAUCGUAUCGCAAGUUGCACAACCCGAAGUUUUUACCGCCAUGCCUCUAAAUAUAGCGUUCACCCUCGAAGCCGUUAAACUGGUCCAACCUGAUUACUUCUGGGCCCCAACUUUGUCCGAACAAAGAUUUUUCGUCCUGCAACCGAUUGUACCUGAAUCUCGAUUAUCGUUAAAAUGACGAAUCUACAAUCAGACAUUUAUAUUAUUUGUACAAUGGUAUUACAAAAUACUGUUGCAAAAUAUUGUUACUUAGAGACAGAAAUUGUUUCGAUUCCUCGAAUUUAUAGACAGGAACUAAAAUUGUAAUUAAAAUUUGUAAAAGUAUAGUUGGAUGUAUAUUAAGGAGAACGCUUCUGCGAAUUUAUACUUAUUACCCUAUAACUUAUUAUUUAAUUCUCUUAGCCUGAAUCUCGACUAUUAUGUGAUUACAUAUUUUAUAAAUCUCCUUUCAAAGAAAUCUGAUUUCUACAAAAUUGAAAAUCUUUGGGUUUUUUCAGUUGGUUUUACAGAUUGAGAUUUUGUAUAAAUUAAUAGUCAUGCGAUUAUAAAUUUGCGAAUACAUAGAUUCAUAUACCACCAGCAUUUUAUUUUUUUUAUCCUUGGCAAGACAUCGAAUAAUUAAGAAAUUAUUAUAUAACAGAACACACAUAAUCUUGGAUUCGUCGAUAUAAACAUAUAUGAUUACCAAUACUAUCGGAAAUCUCGCAGAUGCGUUAAUCCAAAAAAAAAAAAAAAA